CUACACAUAGACUCUGCUCAUAGGUCACUGCGAAAGUAAUAUUACACCGAAUUAUCUGUAGAUUUUACAAGAAAAAGAACCACUGAACAAUUCACAGUCGCGCCCGUUAGGGCGCCAUCCUUGCCUUUCCGCGCACGCUAUAACCUAAUCGUUAAUUAGACAAUACCUUAGGCAUUGACUUUGCAAAGGAAAAAUGGCUGACCCCCGCUCUCAGCUCCCGCGCACCACGCGCGUGAAGAACAAGCAGCCAGCGGACAAGCAAAUUACAGCGGAGCAGCUGCUUCGUGAGGCUAAGGAAAUCCAGCUUGAGGAUGACUACAAGGCUCCCAAGCAAAUUAUUACGGACCCGGAAGAGCUCAGCGAGUACCGUCUUUCCAAGCGGAAGCAUUUUGAGGAUCUUGUUCGUCGCGUUGGGAGAUUUAAUGGAGGCGUUUGGGUCAAGUACGCGACAUGGGAGGAGCAGCAGAAGGACUUCCGCCGCGCCCGAUCCGUGUGGGAGCGCGCGCUGGCCAUCGAGUACCGCAACGUCAGCAUGUGGCUCAAGUACGCGGAGAUGGAGAUGCGGCACCGCUUCGUCAACCACGCUCGCAACGUGUGGGACCGCGCGGUGUCGCUGCUGCCCCGCGUGGACCAGCUGUGGUACAAGUACAUCCACAUGGAGGAGAUGCUGGGCAAUGUGGCGGGGGCGCGGCAGGUGUUCGAGCGGUGGAUGCGGUUCGAGCCGGACCACACGGGAUGGAUGGCGUACGUGCGGUUCGAGCUGAGGUACAACGAGGUGGAGCGGGCUCGCGGCAUCAUGGAGCGCUACGUGCAGAUCCUGCCCAGUGUCAAGUCCUGGGUUCGCUACGCCAAAUUCGAGAUGCAGAACGGCGAGGUGGCGCUGGCGCGGAGGUGCUACGAGCGCGCGGUGGAGGAGCUGGGGGAGGAUGGACAGACGGAGGAGUUCUUCAUCAAGUUCGCCGAGUUCGAGGAGAAGGCGCGGGAGGUGGAGCGGGCGAGGGCCAUAUACCGGUAUGCGCUGGACCACAUACCCAAGUCCUCCGCCCCCACGCUGUACAGCCGGUUCGUGGCGUUUGAGAAGCAGCACGGGGACCGCGAGGGCAUUGAGCAGGUGGUGGUGAGCAAGCGGAGGUUCCAGUACGAGGAGGAGCUGGCCAAGUCGCCGUACAACUACGACACCUGGUUCGACUACAUCAAGCUGGAGGAGGGGACGGGGGACGUGGAGCGCACGCGGGAGGUCUACGAACGCGCCGUGGCCCAGCUGCCCCCCUCCUCCUCCGACAAGCGCUUCUGGCGGCGCUACAUCUACCUGUGGCUCAAGUACGCGCUGUACGAGGAGCUGGAGGCGGGCGACGUGGAUCGAACCCGCGACGUGUACCGGGCGGCACUUGAGCUCAUUCCGCACAAGCAGUUCACGUUUGCAAAGAUGUGGUUGUUGGCUGCCAAGUUUGAGAUCCGUCAGCGCAACGUGGAGGGAGCUCGGCGGCUGCUGGGGCGGGCGCUGGGCAGCUGCCCCAAGGAGAAGCUCUUCAAGAGCUACAUCGAGCUGGAGCUGACCAUGGGGCAUGUGGAGCGUGUCCGCAAGCUGUACGAGAAGUACCUGGAGUGGCGCCCCUCCAAUGUGGGCGCAUGGGUGCGCUGGGCGGAGCUGGAGCGCAGCCUGGGCGAGGGCGGCAGGUGCCGCGCGCUGUACGAGCUGGCCAUUGCACAGCCGCUGCUGGACAUGCCGGAGGCGCUGUGGAAGUCGUACAUUGAUUUCGAGAUCUCGGAGGGCGAGCGCGAUCGUGUACGGCUGCUGUACACCCGCCUGCUGGACCGCACCAAACACGUCAAGGUGUGGCUGUCCUUCGCCAGGUUCGAGUCAGCGCCGAUGCCGGUGCUGCAGGGAGGGGAGGCGGAGGCGGCGGGAGAGGACGGGCAACCCCAGCAGCCCCCCUCCGAAGGUCCCGAGUCCGCCCCCGCCCGCGCCGCCCGCGCCCGGGGUGUGUACGAGCAGGCCUUCCGCUCCGUGCGUGACGUGGCUCCCGAGGCCAAGGAGGAGGCGGUGAUGCUGCUGGAGGCGUGGAAGGCGUUCGAGGAAGAGCAGGAGUGGAGCCCCCCCUCCGAGCGGUCUCGGCGAGUGGCCGAGGUGGAGAAGAAGAUGCCUCGCCGCGUGAAGCGGAAGCGGGCGGUGACAACAGAGGAUGGACACGAGGUGGGUCAGGAGGAGUACUACGACUAUAUCUUCCCCGAGGAGGGCGCCGCGGCACCCGGGCUCAAGCUGCUGGAGGCGGCUUACCGCUGGAAGCG